AUGACCUCAGAAGACGCCAUAACAUGCUUUAAGGCUCUUAGCUCUCUACCUACUGAUGAGGGCGGACAGGAACCUCAUAUACAACUAUUACGGAUGGUAUACCCCUUUAUUAACCCAUACAAUAGGGAUAGGUCGUUGGAUACUGUUGUUACUGAGGUUGGCGACAUCGUUCAAACAUUAGCUCAUAACCAAACUAAUACCAUGAGUACCAAGUACUUGGGAAAGGAUAAUAACAUAUUAUUACAGAAGCUUAUAUAUAGGCUACUCGAUACUAAUAACAAUAAGUAUACGUCAUAUAUUGAGCUUUAG